GCGAUAUUUUUUUUCAUGGCGGCGCCCGUUCACUAGGUCUAAUAACGCUUAGAAAUAACAGUUAAUAACGUGUAUGGACAUUUAUAGCUUAUUGAAGAUUCAUUAUAAAUAGCAGAAAUUGUUGGAGGGGAGCUUGUUUGCAUAAAACUAGUACAGAGGAAACAACAAGAGACAUUCCAGGAAAAAAAAAGCAACAGGACACAACAAAGACACUAUCAGUCGGAUAAUAAAGCAGAUAUGUAAGGGUAAAAGCACAGAGUUCAACACAUCCAGAGCCUUGCUGGACCUUCAUAAUGUGCAUGGACCAGAAAUCCUUUCAACACCACUUCCUGCUCCAGUUUCAACACCUCCAGAAAUUAUUGGGGUUUAUGUAAUGAAACCAGAGGCCCUUGAUUAAAGAAGCGCCAUAAUGAACCACCAGGACCAAGAACUUUCCAUAAAGGAGGAGGAAGAGGAAUUUCCAACAAGUCUCGCUACUGACGUGGAUCAGCUGUUGGUGGUGAAAACAGAAGCUCCAGAUGAAUGGUCCUGUGAUCUUGACUAUCAGGACCCAGAAAACAACAUAAAAGAGGAACUCUCUAACAGCCCAUUGGCCACUGAUGUCCUGCAGCUGUUGGUGGUCAAAGAACAGGCUCCUGAUGAAUCGGGCCUCAGAACUACACAGGAGGGACCUGAACUUCAGGUAAAACAGGAAGAGGAGGAAGAAGAAGCCAGUCCAUUGACUGAUGAUGUCAAGAAGCUGUUUGUGGUGAGAGAAGUCCCCGAUGAAUGGAGCUUCACUGCAACCCAUAAAAACUCAGAAUCUUUCCAGUGUGAAAACGAAGAUGAGGAUCACUCUAAUGGCAGUAGUGAUUUCCAUGUCAACUAUGAUGACUGGCAGACGGAGACAGUGCAAGAACUGGAGGAAAAUAACGAUGUGGGAUAUAACACUGCCAGGAAAUUUUCUAGCUGUUCUAUCUGUCGUAAGCAGUUCCUCUACCAGGAGGCUUUUCAGAAACACAUGAAAUCCCAUUUAGAAAAAAGCAGUUUAAGUUUCCAGGUUACCGAGAAAGGCUUUAUUGUAAAGAAGGAUUUAGAAUCAGAGACAGUAGAUUCAGAGAAAGAAUUUGGUUGCGACAUUUGUGGUAAAGCUUUCCACAAAAAAUCCUACCUUUAUAGACACAAGCGAACCCACACAGGAGAGAAAUCUUAUCGCUGCGAUAUCUGCAGUAAAACAUUCAUGGAUAAGUCAACUCUUAACAAACAUAUGAGCAUUCACAGUGGUGAGAAAGCCUUUGGUUGUGAUGUUUGUGGUAAAACAUUCAUCCAAAAGUCCAAUCUUUAUAAACACAAAAGAAUCCACACAGGAGAGAAACCAUUUGGUUGCGAUGUUUGUGGUAAAGCAUUUAUUUAUAAGUCCAUCCUUAAUGGCCACAUGUUGGUUCACACCAGAGAAAAAUCAUUUGGUUGUGACGUGUGCGGUAAAACAUUCACAGAUAAAUCCAAUCUCCAUAAACACAAGGGAAUCCACGCAGUUGAGAAGUCUUUCGAAUGCGAUAUAUGCAGUAAGUCAUUCAUCAGUAAGUCGACCUUGAAAAGACAUGUGGGGAUUCACGCAGUGGAUAAACCGUUCCGUUGUCUGGUCUGCGGGAAAACCUUCCACCAGAAGGUAGUGCUUAAUAGACACAUGGGAACCCACACAUUGGAAAAAUCCCUUGAAUGUGAUGUCUGUGGUAAAAUGUUCAAACAAAAGGGGCACCUUGAUACGCACAAAAGAAUUCACACCGGUGAGAAACCGUUUAUCUGUGAUGUGUGCGGGAAAGCAUUCAACCGCAAAGAAAGGCUUUGUUCUCAUAAGAGAAUCCACACCGGAGAAAAACCGUUUGGUUGUGAUUUCUGUGGUACAAUGUUUAAUGACAGCUCAACGCUUAGAAAACACAUGCGGAUUCACACUGGAGAGAAGCCCUUUGGUUGUGAUGUUUGCGGUAAACAAUUUCGGUUCAGAUCUAAUGUCAAAAAGCAUAUGAGUACCCACACAGAACAGAAAGUUGCAGUUGAAGAUUUGGUAUGAUUAAAGAUUUUGUGCAGUGUUUCCCACUAGGAAUGUCAACUUGGAGGCCAGGACGAACUGAGGCAAACACUUAAUAAAGAUGUUUCUUUUAAAAAUAGAAACAUUAUGAUUGUCGUAGUUAAUAUCUACAAGUUCAACAGAAUAAUGCUAAGCUGCUAAGUGAUGUAUGAUGAAAUACUUCUGUCAUUUUUUUAGGAUUUUACUUCGCUAGCUCCUGAACGUUGAUGCAAAUUUCUGUAUGCCUUCUACCAAAGGAACGUCUAUGCUAUAACCCGGAAAAAAACAAAAAAAACAAAACAUUUUAAUGUUGAUGUUUGGAGGGAAACAUAAGUAUUAAUGGAAAAAUAUAUUUAAUUGCAGCUAAAACAAAUUUCUUUCAUUGUUUCAAUCUUUUUGGAUGUGCUGUAGAAGUUCCCUAUGUGGACUAGGAGGUUUCUUGAGAAAUUUGUAUUUUUAUCAUUUAGGUGUCACAUUUAAGCAAAAGUUUAUUUCAAUCUUAGUUUGCUCUUUGUUUACUAAGAGUUGAAGUAUGUGCUUAUGGCCCCAUUUACACUACCCCUUUUUGAAAUGUCAAGAACGGUAAAGAAGAACUGUUGUGUUUAAAUGGAACUCAGAAGGCUAACUCUAGUACUAGUUCAACAGUAGGGGUCGCCACGUUUCAGUUGUGGCUUGGUUCUCUGAUAAAAAAAAAGCGAAUGAGCAGACGGCGUCAGCUCCUAUUUACAGUCAGCUGCUGCUGUGGGAUGUGAAAAUUGUCGUACCAUUUAUACAUCACGCUGAACCAGGCCCAGCACGGUUAAUUGAUGCAAGCUCGGUCUGAAUUCGCACGGAUCGGUUUCAGAGGGGUAGUGUUAACUGGGCAUAUGCCUUUGUAUUAAAAUAAAUUAUGUUUUCUAUAGGUGGUGCACCAUCUUUAGUUAGUUUAGCCCAAAACGUUAAUAUUCCUGUAAGUGUAGAUUGAAGCAGUAUUUUCACUGUAUUAGCACAUUUUCCCUACGUAUGGGUGAAAUACAGAUUUUAAGGCAUUCCACUCAGAAUAAAGACUUAAUGGGAGAGAGAAUCUGAUUAGUUAAAUGUUAGGCUUUCAAAAUAACAGAGACAUUUAAAAGGCUGGUCAACAUUCUAAGAAAUGUUUCACGUGCCCUAACACAAAUAAAAGGUUUUUCUUUUGCUGUUGUAAAAGAAAACUUGGACGUUUCUGUCAGACAUUUAAAAAUGGAUACAAGUUGUGAAAUUAUGAGAGAAAAACUUUAGAUGCCAAAAUUUCUGCAAAAACCUUCAGCAAAAUAAUGCAAUAUUUAUUCUAGGUACAGUUUAGCUGUUCUUUUUUGUAGAAACCAAAAAGCUUUGCAUCACCUGGAAAAUUUAAAGUCCUGAAAAUACGACAAAAGAAUUUUUCACUUUGAAGCUCAAGAGAUGUAGAAAUAUUACCUAAAAUGCACAGUGUAAAUAGUAAUAUUUAUGCUUAACAAGUCAAGUUUUUAUUUUUAAGAUAUGAUUGUGUUAUUGUUUAUUGUAAUGUAUAUAUGUAACAUAUGUCAUUUCUGCUGUUUGGGGCAGCGUUUGGUUGCUGGUGAGGAUUUUUUUUUUUUCAUUCAACUAAAUUCAGUAGAUGCAAGGAAUACUUUUAUUGGGUAACAAAAAUAAAAACUAUGAAUAGGUUGUGAUACGGUUCACUUUGGUCUGCUUUAAAUGGACCAGAGUUUGUUUCUACUCUUGGUUGUACAGGUGUGAAUUCUUUCAAGGGCCAAGCAGCCAGACCAAGGUCCAGUUCUUGAAGUGGUCUCUGUUUUUUAAUGUACUCUGGUGCAAUUAAUUUCUUGUGGAAUAGGAACCAGACCUGAUGAACCCCAACAACAGGAAACAUGUACCUUGUUGGACCUAAUGAGCCACCGUAGCAGGGUCUUGAGUAAUACAUUUUGCUUAGCUGCAAUGCUGCCAGAAUGAUGUGGAUCAGAGUAUGAUGUGCACAUUAUGUACUUCGGCUUCCAGCACACAUUUGCAAACCCUGUUCAAAAAGUUAAAAAAAAUAACAUAAGGAAUUGUCAAAUAGGAACCUCUGAUUACAAUGAUGUAGAUGUAACAGCAGCUAAAAUAUUUAGACAACAAACGCCGUCUUUUUACAGUAAAAGCCAUCCUAAAUGACCUCUGUUGUAAUCUUGAAGUUGAUUUUGAUGUCAUUAUUACCUUCACCAUCUAGGGGGCGAUAAGGAUCUUUAAAGAGGCAGGGCACCUCUUCCAAUAUAAUGACAGCUGAAACAUGAGUCUUGCUUUGGUUUUGGCAAUAUUUAUAUGAUUUACCUUUUUAAAAUGUAUUUCAUAUCUAGUCCUUCGACUCUUCCUAAAUAUAAGAGGUCUUUACAGUUUCACAGUGAGACUGAUAACAUGUCAAGAUUGUUCUGUUGGUACUUCGGUAGCAUAUUUCUUAACAACAGAAACCUUUAAACACACCCUUUUGUCAACACAGCCUCUUGCAGAAAGUUCUUUAACUCGACACUACACACACUACAUUAUCUCUCUUGUGGUUUUGUUGCUAUAAUUGUACAUUUCUGUAUGUGGUGUGAUCAUUGUUUUGGAUAUCUUUUGCACAGCUUCUCAGAACAGGUUUAUUUUACUCCUAAACAGCUUCGCUUCUCACUAUUGCCCACUAAUAGGGGAUAAGAUGGCUAAUUGAUAGUCCACAAAAAAUAUGUUAAUAUCUUUUCUAUUUAAAUGUGACUGUGUUAAGUCAUAUUUGUACUCCAUGAAAUCUAGAAAUCAAGUAUUACUAACAAAUAAAUCGCUAAACACUAUAAUCGUGUCAAUCAUUCGAUUCUACUGAAUAUUAAAUAAGUUUACGAAUGCAGGCUUGUUAAACCUCAGAUAUGUUGGUCCUGGUUAUAAAAUAACACCAUUUUUGAAUGCUGAAAUUGUAGGGGGGAAAUUUCUAUUAAAAAAUCCUUCGUUAAUCCUAAAUGGAAGUAAAAAGGAGACAUGAAACAACUAGAAAAUCACUCGGGAGAGUGCAGAAAUCUGCCAAGCAGCAAAAUUCGCUCCAAACUGUGACUUACACAUAUAGCUAAAACUCCCACAUGAUCUGGAUCAUUAACACAUUUUAAUGAAUUGUUCCUCGGCAUUAGGUGCAUCUUUGGUAACAAUCUCCUCAAAAUGGUUUCAUAAGUUUUAAAUUUAUCCUGAUAGCAAACUAAAGGCGUUUCCUUUUAUUUAAUUUUUUUCUUCUGUGAAAUACAUCCAGACAUAAAGGCUGUCAAUACUCAGUGCUGCGACGCUUAAAAUCUGUUCAUUACUUUUCUAGUUAUCCAAUACAAAGACAGAAAGAAACACACAAACUCCUAAAAACAUAAUCUCCUAGGCAGAAGCAAAAUUAAUGUAGCAUUUCUUGUACAUAGUAAAUUGAUAUGACCAAAU